AUGGCAUCUGAACGCAAGACUAAGUUAUCCAAGAACCUGCUGCGCAUGAAGUUCAUGCAAAGGGGCCUGGACUCGGAAACCAAGAAACAGCUAGAAGAAGAGGAAAAGAAGUUGAUCAGCGACGAGCACUGGUACCUGGAUUUGCCAGAGUUCAAGGAGAAAGAGAGUUUCAUUAUAGAAGAGCAGAGCUUCUCACUAUGUGAAGAUCUUCUCUAUGGAAGGAUGUCAUUCAGAGUAUUUAAUCCCGAAGUUGAGAAGUUAAUGCUUCAGAUGAAUUCCAAGAACAAAGCAGCAGCAGAAGACGAGGACGAGACCAUGGAGGUCGAUGUGUCGGAUGAGGAAAUGGCAAGAAGAUAUGAGACUUUGGUGGGAACAAUUGGAAAGUUUGCCAAGAAGAGGGACCGAGCCAAUUACGAAGAAGAUGAUAAUGCAAAUAUAAAAUCCAUUAAAACAAAGAAGAUGUUCUUAAAGCCCCAGGAUUAA